GAUAUAAAUUGAGUACCAGCCUGUGAAGUGUGCGUUCUUUUCCCCAAUGGCCAAUACCUUUUUUAUCCCGGCGCCGUUGAGUAAUUAUUCAAAGGAAGUCCGCAGGAAGGGGACUCCUAUCUCAUUACGCUGUACCACAGUAUCGAACACGCUGUACAUCUGUCUGUACGUAUAGUCAAUUCAAUAAACUCAAAUUUAUAAGUAAUGUAAUUCCUACAAGUAAGCAGAGCCGUAUCCGAUCGAUGUGGUGGUUAAUAUAGGGUUAUUGUUUGUCCCGAUAUUAAAAUAUUGUGUACAGUCGUGGUUUUUGUUUAGUUAUUUUCAAUGGGCCUCACACCAAAUAUUUUGUGUCUUAACCUUGAGAUUCCGCGAACUUGUUUAUAAUAAUUUUUUUAAUCCACUUAAACUGAAGUACUUUUUUCAAAUCAUUUUCAAAACUAUACGCCAACGUUUAAAUUAAACAGGUUUACAAUAAGGAAAUUUGAAUAUUUUGACUAGUAUUGUGUUGGGAACACAAUGCAUGAGAAGAGUGCGUAAUUCAACAAUAACUUAUUGCAUCAUAGUGAAUAUGGUAAUUUUAGAAUGACUACUAAAUGUAGAUUCUAAAUAGGAGACCAUUAGAACGCCCACGCGGGGGUAUAUAUAAGAUGGAAGGAACAGUAGACCUAAUAGUCGUUGUUACUACCUAUAGGAUAGUUAUUUAUAAAUAAACCUACAAAAAUGAACGCUCUAUUAAAACAGAGAUUAUUUAUCAUCUUGAAAUUGUAUUACAUUGGACAGGGUGAACUCCAAAAACAUAUUUGUUAAACUAUUAUAAUAAUAUAGCCUCGGAGUAGGAUAUCUAUUUAUAGGUAUCAGACCUAUUAACUAAUACAUACUUAAAUAACACUAUCGUUACACCUAUAGCGAUAAUAUUAUUUUUAGUAGUUGUAUAUUCAAAAAUAGUAAACCUGAGAAAGACAAAAUUGGCAAAUCGAAUACCAGGUCCUGAUGGACUUUUUUUCGUGGGUAUGUUACCUCUUUUGCUCGAAGGACCCGAAAAACUAUUGACGAAUGCUUUAAAAAUAUUUAGAGAUAUUCUCUAUUCUACGAUGGUAACAAAUAUUUAUUCAUCGUCUGUGCAAUAUAGAUACGAGAAAUCGUUAUUCAAAGUAUGGGUUUUGGACAAUUUAUACAUAUGUCUUACCAAACCUGAAGAUGUAGAAACGGUCCUUACCAAUUCUAAUUUGUUCAAAAAAUCUAAAGAGUAUAAAGUAGUCAGCGAAUCAAUUUUAGGCGAUGGAAUAUUUUCAAAUACCAAUUUUGAUGAAUGGAAAAAGAACAGAAAAUUGGUAGCUGCGGGGUUUAAAUUUUCGAUUGUCAAAUCGUUUAUACCGAUAUUUAACGAGGAAGCAAAAAUAUUGAGCGAACUACUGUACGAGAAACGGGACAUCGAUUUAAAUGAUUGUGAAAUAAGUGAUGCAAUCGGUAUGGCCACUAUGGAGAUGAUCGGAAGAACCGCUUUGGGAGUGAAAUUCGAUGCACAGAAAAACGCCAAUCACGUAUUUAUAGAGAAUUUACACGUCGUUCAAAAGGUUUGGGAAUACCGAUUUACACACCCGUGGUUCCUGAGAACGAGUUUGUUUCACUUGUCGUCGUUCAAACGUAAACACGACGUUAGUCAACGUAAAAUUUACGAUUUCACUAAAGAUUUAAUUGAAAAAAAACAUGCAGAAUUGAAAAGUAAUGUAAACAAUCAAGGAGAACACAACGAAGAAAGUAUCGGUUUUAAGCCUAAAUCGCUUAUUGAGAUACUGCUCGAGAAUGGACAUUUGAUGUCAUUUAACCAAAUACGGGAUGAAAUCAUAACUGUUAUGUUUGGAGGUCAAGACACGACAGCUAUGGCGAAUGCGUGUACAAUAUUUAUGUUGGCUCAUCAUCAAGAUAUACAAAAUAAAGUGUUUGAAGAGUUAUGGUCAAUAUUAUCUUCUGGUGAUUCGGAUCGACAACUUUCCUAUGAUGAUUUACAAAGUAUGGAUUACUUAGAAUGUGUAAUCAAAGAGACGCUGAGACUUUUUUGCAUCGUUCCUUUUCUCACCAAAGACAUCGAAAAGGAAGUUGUUAUUGGAGACUAUUCAAUCCCUGCUGGUUCAACGCUCGCAAUUUUCACUGCUCACUUACACUUAAACCCACAAAUUUACCCAGAACCAGAAAAGUUCAAUCCGGACAACUUCUUGCCCGAAGCAAGUCGUAAUCGCCAUCCGUAUUCGUUUAUUCCUUUCAGUGCUGGUUACAGGAACUGCAUUGGUAUCAAAUAUGCAAUGCUCCAAAUGAAAACUACCAUAUCCACAUUAGUCAGGUCUUAUCGUUUUCAUCCGUCCGAUAAGUGUCCCAAACCAGAAAAUCUUCGUUUCAUGUUUGCGGGGACGUUAAAGUUUGUCAACGGCUGUUACGUUAAAAUAGAGCCGAGAACGUAAUCAAUUGGAGUUUAGUCGAUAAAUUAAUUUAAACAUUAUCCUUAAUUAAUAUUUUUAAGUAUAUAAUAAUAUUAUGUACUACGUUUUUAAAAUAUUGUCUUACAAGAGGAAGUUAUAAAAGCGCUCUAUACCAAUAACUAAUUUGUUUACAAACUUAUAGUAUAUGUUUUUUGACGAAACUUUUUGUUGAUACAAAAAGUACAUUUGUAUUGCUAGAUUCCUUAAACGGAAUAAAAAUGAUGGUUAAGCAUUUGUCCACAAUUCUGUAAAGAGAUUCAAGUUCUUUGUCUACUUUACUAUGACACAUUUUUGACUUUUUGCUGUUUUAACACAAUACAAUUGCGCUUUAAUAUUGCAAAAAUUGCAAGUUUAAUUUAUUUAAUUACAAGAAACUAACAUUUUUAAAUGAAAAUUGGAUUCCUACAUAACAUAUUUAAGUAACCAAAGCACUCAAAUAUCUUUACAGAAUUGGAAUUGUACCAUCUUAUGAAGUCGACAUUUCGUAUGGCUUUUUAAAACGCCUUUUUUUCUUAAAUAUGGCCUAUACAAAGCUCCUUAAAAGCAGACCGCAUGCAAUCUCCUAAAUAAGAACUCUCGUUCUUCUGAUAAUUCGCUUUAGUUUUUAUACUGUAUUUUAUAUAAAGAUAUGAUAAUUAUACUACUCUUAUAAAUGUAUUAAUUUAUU